AUGGCUGAACGGGAAGGAGCUGACCGUUCAGGGCAACCCGCAGAAGGCCGCCGGCAUCGAACACAUACUGCUGCUGGAGCUGGAAGCCGGCAGAAACCAGUUGGUAGUAAAGGCAUUCAAUAAUUUUCAGCAAAGUUUGCCGGUAGGCGU